AUGUUGAAGAAGAGAAGAAGAGCUUUGAAGAAAAGGACUUGGAUACAGAAAAGGAAUUGUCUGAGAAAGAUUGGUAUAGAGGAUCCUAUUGUGUUCCUGAUCUCUAACUUUGAGCUCGGCAACUAUGAUUUAAAUCUGCUGCAGGAGAGAAUGGAGCAAGAGCUUCCACAGCAUAAGAGACGUGUGCUGAUGUUGGCUUUGCCGAAUAUCACACUGGAGAUCAAUGAGAAAAAGAAGAAAGCUCUAGAGGAAAACAUUGGAAAAGUUGCCUUACUGUCUGCUUUGGUGGCUUCAGUCCCUAUUCCUGGUCUUUCAGUUAUUGCGGAUUUAGCCAUUGUAACUAGAGAGAUAGAAACAUACUACAGUACCUUUGGUCUAGAUGAUCCAUCCCUGCAGAAGCUCUGUGAAAGAUCUGGGAAGACCAUUGAGGAAUUCAAAAGUCUUAUGAAAUCGCCACUGAGUGGUGGGAUAAACCCAGCUUCAAUAUUAUCCUUAGCAGGUGCUGCAUCUCUGGUUGUGGCUGAAAACACAGUUGAGUAUGCUGUGAGUCUCGUACCCCUUCUUGGCACUCUGGUGGCAGGAGGAAUGUCCUAUAUGACAGUCUCAACAAUGCUGAAGAGAGCUCUGAAUGACAUAGCAGAAGAUGCCAGAAACGUGCUAAUGGCGUCAGUGCAGACUGAAGUGUAAACACAGAAUGACAUAUAAAUUAUGUGUAUUCAAGUAGCAGCUGCUUUGAUUCAAACUUACAGCAAAUUUCUGUUAGUUCACUAAAUGUGGUCUUGUAUUUCUUUUACUUGGUUCUUUUGUUUUAUUUCUUUAACUGAAAUGUACCUUCCCCUUGGAGAAAAAAAAAUGCAGCAUCAUAAUCUCUGUUGCUACACUCAUGAUACAUUACAUUAAAAACACUUUGGGA